GGGAUUAUUGAGAGCUGUCAGUGGUGCUGGUUUGAGACAACCCAAACACGUCUUAAUUAGACGUUUCGUAAAAUCCAGCAUCAUGGACAGUUCUCAACAACGCUGUGUCACUGUGAUUGAUCAAAACAACGCUCCAUCCCUGUGGUACAUUCUGGAACUCCCUAGCUAGUACAACCGUGAGGAGGGGCGUAAAAACAACAGAGUCAGUGACGCUUCGAUGUAGCUGGCUGUCAAGAGAGCUUGCUAGCCACUCGCUUCCUCAAAGUUUAACGUUAAUUUCAAAGCAAGAGGGGGAAGAAUAAUCAAAUAGAGCUGUCUGGUUGAACCAAGUCUCUGGGGUGUAUCACCAUAGUGCCAUGGAGUUUCCAGAUCUAGGAGAGCAUUGCUCUGAAAACUCCUGCAAGCAUCUGGAUUUCCUACCAUUGAGAUGUGAUGCCUGUGAAGAGAUUUUUUGUAAAGACCACAUAACCUAUGCAAAUCACAAAUGCAUGUCAUCCUACAAGAAGGAUAUCCAGGUCCCCGUGUGUCCUCUGUGCAACACCCCAAUCCCCAUCAAGAGAGGGGAAAUGCCAGACAUCAAGGUUGGGGAGCACAUCGAUCGUGAUUGCCAGUCGGACCCUGCUCAGAACAAGAGAAAGAUAUUUACAAACAAAUGCUCGAAAGGAGGCUGCAAGCAGAAAGAAAUGAUCCGAGUGACAUGUGACCAGUGCCACAUUAAUUAUUGUCUUAAACACCGACAUCCACUAGACCAUGACUGUAAGCCUGAAAACAAACCAGUCUCCAAAUCUGGAUUCGCUGCUUUCAUGCGGUCCCAAGGAGCAUCCUCUAGCAGUGCCUCCACUUCAGGCAGUAGAGGAAGUUCUAGGCCUGUUUCUAAUGGGAAUGCUAGGACCCAAAGUAGUCGCAGUGCUCAGGCCAUUUAUAGUCCAGCUCCGGCCAUGCGGCCCCCUCCAGCACAGAAUGUAGUACCUGCUUCGGCAUCCUUUCAGGCUGGCCUGACUGAGGAGCAGGCCUUACAAAGAGCGCUGGAGAUGUCCUUGGCUGAGUCAGCUCGCAGCACAGUCCAACAGCCAACGCUCAGCCCUCAGGAGCAGGAGGAUCUGGCUCUGGCUCAGGCCCUUGCUGCUAGUGAAGAAGAGUACAGACGCCAGCAGCGGAGACAACAGGAGAGAGAGUCCUCCAAGCAGUCUUCCUGCAGCCUAUCAUAAACCCAGAUCAGUGUCUGAGCCCAAACUGCUACCACCAGUAAUCAACUAGCAACUGUGCUACAUCGAUGGAACCCUCCAGCAGAACUCUAACGUCCAGUAUCACUGAUCCCAACUAAUGAACAGUCUGGAACUUUCAUCGAGAUAUAUUGAAUAGUAUCACUGCUUUCUCUCUACUCAGCACACCAUUCUAGACAGACUUUCUGUCCUUUUUACCAAUGGCUCUCUAUGUACAUAUUUUCUAUGUUGAUCAUGGACAUUUAACCUCAGCAUCAAUGUUUCUUGAAUAAAUUAUUUUAAAGAUG